GAAGAGAAAACAAAUUUAGUGUUGAUUAGGAUUUUCAUUGGAAUAGAAUUUUAAUUUUAUUUUCUUUCUUUAUUAAUUUAUUGUUAUUUUCAAGUUUAUCUUUUUGAAUGUUGUAAAUUUCGUUUUUUUUUUCGUUGGAAUUAUAAUAAUUUUAGCAAAAGUGUGAAAAUUGGAGGUUUAAUUAUUUGUUUGAUGAUAUUUUCAUGUCUUUAUCUGUUAAAUCUCACGUCCAAAAUAAACACCUUUUGGCUCAGUGUACAUCGUUAACAAUUAAACAAUGGAAGAUCACAAUAAGAGAAUGGAAAAUACCUAAAUUGUAUAAGAUCACCGAGAUUCCCGAUUAUUUACAAUUUAAUCCAUUUGUUACCAAUGGUUAUCGUUGUUGCAAAUUGUCCUUUUGGCAAUCUAUUUAUUCACUUUUUUACCUUCACAAUGAAACUGUUAAUAUACUCACUCAUGGUGCACCAUUCUUUUAUUUUCUACUCUUCAUGCCGCGACAUAUUCCAUGGGAUCUGAUCAAUUAUCAUCUAUUAGCAUAUUUACACAUUACUGGUUGUGUUGCUCCUUGGCUUGGUAGUUGUGUCUAUCAUACUUUUAUGAAUCAUCAUUCGGGAGUUGAUUUGUAUCAAAAACUGCUCAAAUGGGAUGUCAUUGGAAUCUGGAUUACUCAGAGUCUGGGUGCAUCAACAACCAUAUACACCAGUCUUAUUCUUUAUCCAUUUUGGUUGCAAUUUAGUUUCAUUUUCCUUUAUUCUCUUAUAGCAAUUAGAGCUCUUCAACAUACUCUAAUAGCAAGUAGUGUUUGGAAGAGGAGAUUUGGUUUCGCCAUUUUGGUAGCCAUGAGAGUUUUGGCCUUCGUACUCCGCCUAAAUGCCAUUGAAAGAGGACAAGCCAGUCCCUUGAUUCAUACCAUUAUGCAAGAAAUUUGGCCUAUCAUCGGAGCCUUGAUAUCGGCGGCUCGAAUACCUGAGCGUUGGUAUCCGGGUUAUUUUGAUUUCUUUUUCAAUAGUCACAAUCUACUUCACGUUUUUGCUGUAAUUGGAGCUGUUCAUAUGCACCUUGCAACUUGUUCAGAUUUAAUAUGGUUAUCCAAUGUUUCCAAACUAUACACGCACAAUUAAUUUUUAUCUACUCCAAUUAUUGAUUGAUUGCACGGUUUUAACUCUCUCUUUUCAAAGCAAAUAAUUUAUUCAUCAAAAAAACACCAAAAAAUCAUCAUUGCAACAACAACAACAACGUUCAACAACCAAUACCUGACUGACAAUUCAAAAAAAAAACUCAAAGACAGAACUGUAAUUGGAAAAUUACUCUGUUAAUUUAUUGUGAUAAUCAAUCUAUUCCAAAGUUGAUUUGUUUGCUGUUGUAGUUGUAAUGAUGAAUUAACAUAAUUAAUGCAAAUACAAUUGGAUUACAAAACAAAUAACAAUUUCGACAAAAAUCUCGAUAAUCAUUCAUUUUGAAAAUUCAAGGAUAAACAAAAUUGAUUCAUGAUGUAAAUAUACAGAAAAAAAAUAACUGUAAUGUUAAUAUAAAUAUAAUAUACAACCAAAUCCAUUGAAUAA